AGAGACAUUAAAUUACAUUAGUUGCAAUUAAUAUAUAGUCUUUAUAAGACUCUAGUCUGAAAGGGUAAAGAAGAUGCUCCCACUCCCUCUAAAGCUGCUUCGCUCUCUGGUUUUAGGAGAAUCAAUUCACCAUAAUCAUGAUCAUGAUUUUAAUCUUCGCCAGAAACAACCCAGUUCAUCAAAAACUCCAUUGCUCGUUUUUCUUCCCACCAGAGAGCUCGUUACUGAUACUUACAGACUUGCCACCAUUGCUAGAGAUAUGGGCAUGGACUUGUACCCUUCCCCUUCACUUUCUCACAUCAUUUUCUCAUACCCUUCUUCUCAAUCUUCUUCUUCAUCUCCAUCACAUUCUCAUUCCUAUUCAUCUUGGUCUUCAAUCUCCUUAUCGUCUUCCUUGAUUCUUCCAAACGACGCCGUUCCACUUUCCUUUCCUUCUCUCGCAUCCUCCUCUAUAUCCCAUCUCCGUUCUUUUGUGUCCCUGUCUCAAGGCCUCUUCAAGUUAGUGUUUUUAACUAUCAAUUCUGACGCCACCGGUCAUAAAGUUGAAAACUUUAUUAGCCACUGGGACUGCUGUUCUUUUUCGCUGUUUUCCCGUUUAAAUGGUGAUAGAAUCGAUACAAUGGAGGCGUUUUCAAGGGCCCUGGCUGGAAUCGGUUGGACCCUUUUCAAGACUAAGAACAAUUCCAAUUCAUCUUCAAAUUGCAAUGGUAAUGGAAAUGGGAAUGAAAAUGGGAAUUCGGUUUACUUGUUUAGGAAAGUGGAUUCUGGUAGAGUUAGGGCUCUCAGAGUUAAUGGGAGAUGUCGGAUUAGAGAGCUGAGACUGCCUGCAUUGGAUUUCAGGAACGCCCCUUUAAGAAUUUUGCAGUAUCUUGUUCUAAUGACUGAUGAUGUCUUCUAUCUCGCUUAAAUGGGUAUGUGAGAAGUGUUUGUAUGUAUUAGGGCAAGUGAACCAGACAAAGCUCGGAAGAUUGUGGACUUGAAGAGGUUUCCAUUUAUCAGUAAUUUACAAAGUUUUCUUACUCUUUAUACAUGUCUUCCUUGUUUAUGCCAGAAUUUAUCAAUUUAUAAAUGAACUUUGCUAA